CGAGGAGCGCAUGCCGCGCAUGCGCCACCAUGGCGGGCCGCGGUUGGGACCGGCGGGUGCUGCCCGUGUGCGCCGGGGCGGCGUUGGCGGCCGCGAUCGUCGCGGAGGUGCUGGUGGUGCUGCUGCGAUUGCGGCCGCGCGGAGAGCAGUUCCCGGGCUGGCCCUUGGCCGUGCUGCUUCUCUUGCUGGGGAGCGCGCUGGAGAGCGCCCGCCGCUUCAUCACGGCCUCGCCCAGCACGCGCGGCGUCAUGCUGGCGGGGGCGGGGCAAGGAUGGGAUUACUGCUAUUCCUGCCAGUCUCACGUGCCUCCCCGCUGUAGCCACUGUUUUACCUGUAACGUUUGUGUCCUGCGACGAGACCACCAUUGCACGCUGCUCGGCCAGUGCUUGGGCUAUCGAAACUACCGCUAUUUCAUUUGCCUGCUGUUCUACGGGUCUGUCGCCCUGCUGUAUGGUAGCUUGCUCAACGCCAGCAUGGUUUUGACACUGCUCGAGGAAGGCGGCCUGGCCCACACAAUCCUCCUCCUCCUCCUGCCUUGGCUGAUGCUCCUGAUGGGGCAAGUUGACGUUGCGGCCUUUGUCUACGCCUUUGUAACCGACGUCUGCGUCGUGGGCUUCCUGUUCUGCGCCAGUUUUCUAGUGUUCCACAGCUUGCUGGCCCUGCGUGGGCAGACCACCAAAGAAUGGUUCGAGGGGAAUCGCCAGUACGACUUGGGUUGGCGAAACAAUCUUCGACAAGUAAUGGGAGAUCGGUGGCUCCUGGCCUUCCUCACACCUUUCACUGCUUCCCCUUUGCCAGGAGGCGAAAUCACUUUUCAAACCAGGUCUCCCAAAAUGGAGCUGCUCUCCAGACCACACAGCUUGUAAAGGUUUCCCCAUCUGCCCUUUUUGAGGAAAGUUGGGUCUCUGUCAAGGAGACCGACGGCCCCCUUCCUUCCAAAGUAGACGGUGUGGGCGAAAACUCUGAAGGCUUUGCCCUUCCAAGUGAUAGGUCGCUUCCCCUGGGGAAGAUGCUUGUAAUGCUUUUGUUUCAGGGAUCUGCAAAGAAGGAAAUGGCUAUCGCGGGGCAAGAGAGGUGGAUGCUUCUGCUCGGCUGAACUUGUCUAAAUGUGACGGUUGAUACAGGACCAUCUUUCUCCUGGUCCAAAGUACAUUUUUAUUUUUAUUCAUUCAUUCAUUCAUUCAUUCAUUCAUUCAUUCAUUCCUCCACCUUAUCUCCACUGCUCUGAAAUGUUGCAUACCCCUUCUUUCUCAGACUGGAAAAAAUGUGAAGGAACUAAAAAGCAACAACGACACUGUCUAGAAAUGGAUUCAGGGACCAAAAUCCAAGUUUGUAGUGGUUUGCCUGUCAGUUCCCUUUCCCCUCUGCAGCAUUUGUGAGACUGGUUUUUCCUGAGCCCCGAGAUCAUGCAGAAGUCAACAGAGCUUAAGUUGUGCGAUGCUAGGGGGGCGGUGACCCUUUUGGCCCCUUAGCAUCCUGCCUAGUCCCUCACCAUACUUGGGAGCCUCCCAAUCAUGGUCUCCACGGCUUCUCUUCCUCCUCCUCUCCCAUCCAAAAUCUCGAGUUUGCACUGUGAGAAACCCACAAAGUGGGUGCGGGUGGGAAAACCAAAAACGUGCUACCUUCUUCGUUCUUUUGGCUAUUUAGCAUUUAUACAGCUGCCUUUUACAUUUAACUGAGCACUGGUUGCACUGCAUUGUAAACUUUUCAACCCC